UAACGGACGAGUCUCCACGGGAAAGUCCUCUCACUACUGCUGUCAAGGACCACGGCAGCUACAGAAAUGUAUAGAAACGCCAACAAAAGAAACCCCGCAGCUUCAUAACAUUAUUCCCGCCCUGGUGUUUGAUAAUGUCACUGCAGUCGCAGGUGGAGGAGAGGCCGGAGGAGAGACGCGCCUUCUUCAUCGGAGCUGACUGGGACAAUGUCUCCGAGGAGGAAGAGGAGGACCACCAUCAACUCAUACUACACAAAGCCAACGCUCUAGCGUCCCAGAACUGCCUCAAAGAAGCCAUCGACUGGUUUUCUGUUGCUAUGCGGUAUGAACCCGCGCGACCCGAACAACUGAGCACUUUUGUGGAUUGUAUCCUGCGCAACUUUAAGAGUAAAGUGAGCGGGCCCGAGGCGUCCCCCGACCGGAGUCGGGACGCCGGGGACGGCUCCGGGGAGCAUGUCUUCACCUGCCCCAGCUGCCGCGGCUUCCUGGGAGAAGCGGUGACGGUCGCCUGCGGACACUCGUACUGUAAAAGAUGUUUACAACGGAGGCUCUUCUCCAAGUGCAAGCUGUGCGCCGAGCCCGUGUCGGGCGAGGAGAAAGCCAACGUGAUUCUGUGCGGACUCUUAGACAAAUGGUUCCCGGACGAGCUGAAACAGUCCAAAACCUUAGGGGAGGUGGACGCGCUGUGCAGAAGAAAACGCUACAAAGAAGCCGUGGCGCUAGCCACCGAUGUUAUCCAGUCAGAUUCCGAUACAACCAUGGCGGCGCGACUGUCUCGGGCGGAAGCGUACACGGCUCUCAAACAAUACCGUCUGGCUUUGGAGGACACCGAGUAUGGUUCCAGUUCUGGCUACUCUGCUGAAGCUCUGUUCAGGAAAGCGAUGGUGCUGCAUGAGAUGGGUCAAGUGGACGAGUCUCUCCAAGCCUUCCUCCACUGUCUGGCUGUAAACGAGGACUUCCCCUGCGCUAAAAGACAAGUGGAAAAGAUCCUGUGUGACUUGCUGUCCCCGGCUGAUAAGAACGUCAAGGUCGGCCUGAGGGAAACGACUCAUAACACGCUGCCGCACCUGCGCAGCAAAACCAUCGCUGCUGAUGCUCAAGCUGAACCACCGAGCCCAGUCCAAAGACAACACCAACACCAGGCCCGCGCCGCCUCUGCACACCAUCUGGAAAACCAAGAGAAACGCUGGGAAAGUCUGGAGCGUCCCGGUCUGAGUCGAGCUCAUUCACUGCGAGUGCAUGGCUAUAGCUUUUGUGAAGAGGGACUAAAGAGAGUUUGUUCUGCACCUCAACUGGGAGACCAGGAGAAGGGGAGUCUGCUGAAGAGGAAGUUGUCAGUGUCGGACAUAGAGCCCUGCGUUGUGGACAAUGGAAGUAGCAAACAUAAAAAACAAGGUUUGACAGCAGGCUCCAAACAGCAGAUAACCAAAGCUAAAAACUGUAGAAGUGUUCCUGAGCAUCAGCUGGACCCAAACGACCUGGAGUGCUCUCUGUGCAUGAGAUUGUUUUAUGAGCCUGUGACGACACCGUGCGGCCACACCUUCUGUAAAAACUGCCUGGAACGGUGCUUGGAUCAUACGCCCCAGUGUCCCCUCUGUAAAGAGAGUCUGAAAGAGUAUCUGGCAUGUAGGAAAUACAUGGUGACAUCGGUCUUGGACACGCUAAUCAAACAGUAUUUGAGUCAGGAGUAUGCAGAGAGGACUAAAACACACCUGGAAGAGACCAGAGAGCUUUCUGACCUGACCAAGAAUGUGCCUAUCUUUGUGUGUACCAUGGCUUACCCCACUGUGCCUUGUCCGCUGCACGUCUUCGAGCCCCGCUAUCGCCUCAUGAUCCGCCGCUGCAUGGAAACUGGCACGCGGCAGUUUGGAAUGUGCAUCAAUGAUCCACAGAAAGGAUUUGCAGACUACGGCUGUAUGCUGAUCAUCAGGAGUGUCCAUUUCCUUCCCGAUGGACGUUCAGUCGUGGACACUAUUGGAGGAAAGCGCUUCCGUGUCCUGUCUCGGGGAAUGAAAGACGGUUACAGCACUGCUGACAUUGAACACUUGGAGGACACGAGGGUGGAGGACAGAGAAGAACAAGAGAGACUUCAAGAGCUGCAUGACGAAGUGUAUGAACAGGCCCGGGUCUGGUUCCAGAACCUCAAGAUCCGCUUCCACAACCAGAUCCUGCAGCACUUUGGACCAAUGCCAGAGCGAGAACCUGACAUCCAGGCCACUCCCAAUGGUCCAGCCUGCUGCUGGUGGCUGCUGGCCGUCCUGCCCAUCGACCCUCGGUACCAGCUCUCGGUCCUGUCCAUGACCAGCCUCAAAGAGCGCCUGGUGAAGAUCCAGCACAUCCUCACCUACCUGCAGAGCAUCCCCAGCAACUAGAGCUUCCCAGCAAAAUGGCAUCUUUCCAACUUCAAAGUGACAUUUAAAGGAAUCCUCUUUCAGCGUCUCACCAACUUUUGUUUCCACUGCCGGCUCUUCAUAUUUUACUUUUUCCUGCUACAAGAUCGCGCCGUUAUUUACCAGAGAUACAGCCAAGCCACCUCAGGGAGACUUCCAGUGACACAUUUGUUUAGAAAUAAGAGACAAAUAUGGCAACAUCUGCUAACAUCUGCUCUCGUUCACAAUGAAGACAGUUUUUAUGAGACCUCGCUGAACGAUUGUAGAAAAAUCCCAGAAGCAGGUGUAUUUUGUUGAUGCUGUUGAAGAUGACAAACAGCAGUGACUCGUAUGUAUGGAAAACCGAGGUGAAGAAAAUCCAGUUAUUUUAUUGUAUCGUCUGCGUGGUAACACUGGUGAAAGGAGGUUUUUUUUUUCCUUCCUUUCGUCUCGUGGUUGUUUGUUUGCAGGAAUGAUGAAGAGACUCUGAGACAAAAUCCUAAAUGCUGAAAGUCCCAAAAAAGUGGUGAUGAUAAAAUGUUAGUAAGAAACUAUUUCUAGAUAACACGUGAGAGUCCCUUUGAGAAUUAACCAUAAUUGUUAUUUAUGUGAAGAGAUUUAUGCAAAACAAAACACAACCAGUGGUUGGUGUGCGUGUGUGUACCCAACACUGUUGAAAGUAUUACUCUCAUCUGAGCAUCAACUUCUCUUCCCGCUUCUCUCACUUCCAUCACUGGUUCUCCAGAGUGACCCUCCUAUCUAUAACAAAAAAAAAGAAAAAGAAAAAAUAAUCUCCCAAUCUGCGUUUCUUCCUAGUUUUUUAAAUCUUCCAGUUUCUCAUGUAUUGUGUUCUUCCCAGGUUAAGUUUAGAGGAACUUGUUGCACUGAAAUGUGUUUUCUGAGCAUCUCUUCCUGUGACAGCCUCAGGAUCAGCCCCCGUCUUCUCGUCUUUGCUCACAGUUAACUUUAAACCGUAAAAAAAAUCUUUCUUCCACAUGUAUGAUCUUUGCCCCCAUAGGUUGUGCUGGAGUGUGAGGAUUUUGCUGUGAAAUUGUUGAAAGUUCAGUGGUUUUGUUCUUGUUUUACUUCUCUACUUUUAAACCAAAAAUCCAGCGUCCCAUUGAAAUAACCUUAACCCCUUUUAUAAGAUCAAACAUACAGUUACAUUUUUACAUUCUGCCCUUGCGUUUGUAUCAGAAAUUCUGAGCGGGUCUUGCAAUAUUAUGACCAAUCAAAACCAGAAAUAACAGCAUAAAUACAACACAUGGGCUAGUGUUCCAUUCAGAGCUGCUUUGGAGUAGAGGACAGGACCUGUAGCGCUUCAGUUAGAGGACUGCUUUUGCCUUACACCGUAUUGCAUUGUGGUUUGAAAACCAAAAUGCUUUGGCUUGGUUACCAUUCCCUUUUUUUUGCCAUAGCAUGAAGUAUGUAUUAAUUGUAUUUUGUCUCUUUUUUUUAGUUAGUUAAUGCGACUUUGUCGUCACUCUAUUGGUGAGAAAUCUGAAAAGAAAUAAGUCAAGGUUGUUAUAUGUAAACCAUUUGUACAAAGUUUUUUUUUUUUUUGAGAGAGAGAUCUUUUUGCUUUUUGCUCAGAUGUUUUAAGUUAUCAGUUUUCAAUAAUAAAUGCACUUCUUUUUCAACA